UUAGAGAGAAACCUACCCACCGACCAGACGGAAAAAUAAAAACUACCCAUCUAGCCGUAUUUUUUUUUUCAAAACUACUGUGCUACCUCGACCACGCAUUUUGAGUGGCCGCGAUGGACCACACGCGCCCGGACUCGGCGACGGAUGCAGAGGACGUGGACGAUCCGGAUGGCCGGCUGUACGAGUAUCUGCUGGACAGCGGCGUGCUGAACGACGUGCACACGUUGGCCGAGUCGAUCGUCUGCUCGUCCGUGUCGUCGUCUGACGUGGACGGCGGUGAUGACGAAAACAUCGACGCCGAUUCCGUCGCCCGGCGGAUCGCUGACCGGCUGCUGGAGCAGAACGCCGACGACGUCGAGCGGGCACUGGACGCGGCGGUGCGCGACGCUCUGCUGGUCACUGGGUCGGCCGGCCGGCUGGUGGACCACCGGUGGCCGAGGCUGGUGGACAUCGGGCCGGGCCGGCUGGCGCGCGAUACCACCCGUAGCCUAAACGCGCUCGUCCGGCUGCCGUUCACGUACGACACCUACAUGGGCGCUUACUUCCGGCGGCUGACCGAAGGACUGUCCCGCGCCGUGUCGGUGGACGUGCAUUUCGGCCUUGCGAUCCGCGUGUACGCCAAGCUCGUGGACAUGGCGCCGGACCCGGAGAGCGCGGCCGAAAGUUUCAGUUCACUGUGCGAGGCCACGCACGCGCGGUGCUUGUUACGGCAGCGCCGCGACUUCGGCAAGACGGUGGCAGCCGUGUCGCUGACGGCCAGGUGUCUGUCUGUGGUCUGCAGGCGGGCCGCCGGCUGUCGCGGGGCCGUUAAACCAGCUGUCGUAGAGUUUGUGGCCACCAUUGCGUCCGACCCCGGUGGCCGUGGUCCGUACGCCGUUCUGUGCUGCGCCGAUCCGACUGCCACGUGGUUCGACACCGUUUCUAAGUAUCACUCGUCCCGGUCCGCUUUUUUCCAGUGCCUUGACGGCGAUCGGAGACUGCUUCGGGCCGUCGUAUCCGGUUUCCACGAGUGGAUCGCCGAACCCGAGAUACCCCGACGGUCGGACAUAGCGGAUAUAGCGGCCGUGGUACGGUACGCCCGCGCGCUGCACGCCACGUACCUGCUGGCCAAGAUGUUCAGAUACCGCGCCACGACGGCAAUGUUCCCGGUCAAGGUGUCUAGAACGCUGCGGAUCCACGCAGCCGGUAUAUCGAACCACUGUCUCGGAUUCCUGUCCGCCAUCCGCCGGUGCGUUCCUGCGACGUUGACGAACGGCCUCUGCCUGCUGGUGGCCGCGAUUGCCGCGUUCCAGCCUGAGACGCUUGACUCUGUCGCGGAAAACGCUUUCGGCUUGCGCAUACUGGCCAAGGUCAUUGAGCGUUCAGACGCGUUGCCUGCAGCGUGCCAACAGUUGGUGGAUGGAUUGUUCGAGAAAAGGCGCUGGAAGGAUGCCGGCGGCGCGGACGUGGAUUCCCUGACGGCGGUCGCGGCCACGUUGACUGGUAGUAGUCACGAUGAGAUCUGGCGGUUGAUCACCAGGAGGAUGUCAUUCCUGGAAAACGCGGCCGCCGGUGAUCCUAACCUCGGCCGUCGUCGGCAGCUCUUGACCAACGUGCGCGGCACGCCGCUGGGCACGUCCACGUACGACAUGCUGCAGCGGGGAGACGCGACGACGCGCCGGGACGACUUUGAUUGGUCAGAUCCGCGACAGCUGUUGAUGGUGAGCGUCGCCUGCACCACGGCCGCCGGCAGACGCUGGCUGGGUCAGACGGACGCGUUCGGUUCGCUUGACGGAUUCGUAGCGACCCGUUCGCGUCGAACGGAAGUCUCUCUCGACCCGGACGGUGACCGGAAGUCGCUCGACUCGAUCGUCCGCGUCGCCUAUUCCUAUUGCGCGUCGAUUGGAGGCUUAAACGUUGUACUUGACCAUUGCUGUGACGACGUUUCGGACGUUGCAAUAACCGGGAUAAUGACACUGACGAAACUUUACUACGCUUCGCUUCAAAAUUUUGAUGGUCAUCCCAUUCCGAGAGACGUUCUUGUGAUGCUGUGGUUGCGUUUAGUACAAGCCGCCACGCACACGAUCAGCUCACGUGUUUACACGGACUUAAAACUAAACUAUCAAGAAACAUUAUUAAAACUGUCCGCCGAAAGCCGUACGGAAGACGAAAUAGUUUUCGUCGACGAAACAACCGAACUUUUGACAAAAUUACAACGCCCUCUGCUGUCGGACGGCACUCGGUACGCCACUGAAUCUACCCCUGGCGCUCUGGCUGGGUUUUUGGCAAAUACUAAUCAACAUCACGGCGGUGCCUGGCUACAGAGGGUUCGCUCUAUAAUAAUCCAUUCCGACCAGAUAACCGGAACGGAGACGAUGGAUUUAAUAGCAUCGGUCGGUCGUCGCCGUUUUGAUGGCCAACUCGACCUGGGCGCUUUCGAUCGUAAAUUAAACCUAACCGAUUUCGAUGUCACCGGAAUUCGAUUGGCGCUGAGGUACGGGUCGAGCGUCGGGUUGGUGGCCGAAGAUUCGGCGGCGUCCUCGGAGCUCGAACAACUAUACAGUCGUGUUGAAAGACGAGGAUCGCCGGGGCUAUUCGAUUGCAUGACUUGUACGUUGUUUAUAGCGUCGCGAGGAUCGGAAAACGGGUGUAUUGAGGCGUGCGCCGUACUGCUCAGACUCUACGAAACAACGCGAUACGUUUGGCCGCCGGCAUUUGACGAUGACGACGACAGGAGAGCUGCUUUUGGCCAUUUGAUUGAAGGGCUGUUGCAACAAGAGCAACCCGAAGUGUUCAAUGCGUUUAAGAUGUCGGGUGUCUCGUGGUGGCUUCUGUGCUCCGGCUGGGCGUCCGACUGUUUUUGGGGCCGUCUGAGCUGGCCCGAAAUUUGUCGCUGGCUGUGCCUAGUCGUCGUGCACUCGGUCGACUACCAGGCCUUUUUUUUCAUCUGUCUGGCCGUGGCUCAAAAGCGCCGCUGGUUGGAGGCGUUCAGCCUGGGCCGGUUUCACGAUACCGUUUUCCAGAGUGAUUUCUGGGAUUUCCGACUGGCUGACCAUGCCAUUUAUCUAGAGGAAUUGGCAAAAAAGUACCAACGGUGCAUAUCGAAAAAACUCGCGGCCGAAUUCGAUAUGAAUUAGAGACGUAUUACACCUAUAUAUAAUAACCACGUCCAACUUCAGUUUUCAGCGUUUCGGUUCAUUUUUGUCCGUCGACGAUUUAUUGGUACAAUAGAUACUCCUAUAUACAAUACAUAUAUUCUAUGGCGUAUACCUAUUAUAAUUUAUCAUUAUAUCGAAUGACGGUGAGAAGACAAUCGAAUUAGGUGAACCAGUGCGGUAUAUAAAUAAACGUACGGAUCCAUGAUUGGCAUAUUUAUGGGCAAAUAUUGAUCCAACCGCACUCGUGUGCAUAAUGUGUUUACAUGGGUUUGAGUCCCAGCAAUGUCGACCACGACGUUUGUUAAACCCUGCAAAUGGUUUCCGUAAACAUAACCACGGUUACUACAUCGACCGUGAUCCAAACAUUAACUGUCGGUCGUGACAUUAAACGUGUACAGUAGUUUUAAGCAGUAAGCGUCUGGAUGAUAUUAAUAUUAUAUUGUUGCUGUUGGUUAGUAUAUUCCUUUUAUAAAUUGAAUUGUCAUCGGGUUUCAAUUGAAUAUAAUAAUAUGUUCUUUUGAAAGUUAUUUUUUUUUACAUCGUCAUUAUAUACCUAUACUUGAUGCAAAUCUCGAAAACCAAUAUAGUUGUAUAAAUAUGAGUACGACGAUAUCGGAUCUGGUUAUUUUUAAAAUAAGCAGAAAUUUAAUAUGAGAUAUUGGAAUCAAAAUAAAGAUAUGUACGUAACGAUCGAAAUGUAUAGUUUAAAAGGAUUCGUGCACGUCCUUUGGGCAUACUGUUUUCGCCGAGGUUCGGAAAAAAGGUCAAACGCAGAAAAAAAAAAAAACGUUACAUGUGUAUUCAAAUUCAAAAUUAAAUAAAGGAAAUUAUGUGAAAUAAUUUAGGAGAAAGUAUAUUUUGAACUAAGCAGCUGUUAUGCCUAUUAAAUUUUGAUCAUACUUUAUUGUUGUCACUAAUAUAGUAAAUUUACUAAUGAAAUCCGUUGCAUAACACUCGGAAUUACGGUUAUUAGAUGUAUGUAUACACAUAAACGUGACGUAAUUUUGAUAAGAAAUUAAUAGCAUAC